GGAAAUCAUAUGUCUACUCUCAUGACACCUUUCUCCUCACUCCGCCCCUUACACUCUUACACACUAGAGUCAUGCACAUACGCACAGUGUAAGAUUUCGCAAGGUUUCACCAGUGGAGUGUGACACACCGGAAUUGCCUAAAGUAAAAGCUGGACCGAAACUGGAGUGCUAUAAAAUAAUAUAGAUAAGACAAUAACUUUAAAUCGAGAAGAAACCAGAAAAAUAAUAUAUUCAAAAAGGUACGUUUAAUGUCCGCAGGUGUGUCACAGUUAACUUGAACUCUUUGGGGAGAAAUUAAGUUAGCACUCCCCUUGUGCCAUUGUUUUUGUAACUGUGUGUGUGUCGGUGUGUAUAGCAUUUCAAAAAUCAUUAUCUCUGUUCUCACUGAGAGUAUUGACCAUAACUCCCAGUGUUACUGUAGUAAGGCUAGUCCAACAGUAUCCAUGUCAUGGAUGUGACUUUUCCCUACCUAUUGUCUGAACACACUGGGUUAAACCAAGGACGGUGGUUUGUGACACCUGAUCAGUCCCUUGAGCUGAGGGGUGCCAAGUCCGCUAUGAAGGAGAGACCUGUGUUUCAGUUUCUGACUCAAUCUGCUAGUCUAGCUUGAAUGAUUUUGUGUUUAAUGAUUCUUUGUUCAGAGCCAGGCAGAAUGUCUAUUGAUUUUUAUUUUAUUUUUUCAAAGUCUGUUUUAGUGGCAGACAUUAACUAGCUUUUACACCGCAUGGUACUCGUUUAGCCUUGCUUCAGUUUAAUUACAUAGUGUCAUUAUCUGCAAAUCCGUUUGCACUAGAGUAACAAGCAAAACAAGUUUAUUGUCACAAGUGUUACCAGUCUCAUAUGGUUGGUAAUGGUAUGACGUAAAGAGCACAGUUUAGAUUAGGCUACAGUGCCGAUAGAAAGUCAACACCCCCUGAACUUUUUUCCCAUUUUGCUGCCUUCAAAUUACAUCUAAAAAGGGAUUCAAUUAGAUUUUUGACAAGUAAACCCAUAACAUGAUGCUGUCAACACAAUACUUGAAAAUAGAGAGGGUUUUACUCUGUGUUGUGUUGGAUUUGACCCAACCCUGUAGUUUUUAAUUUAGUCCAAAAUGUGUAUUUAUUUGCCGUGUUGUCUUGCAGUAUUACUUAACAGCCUUGUUGCAAACAGAAUGUAUGAUUUGGAGUGGAAUUAUUUACACUGGGUUCUUUGUUUUCACUUUGUCAUACAGGCCAGUACUAUGGGAGUGAAUGUAAUGUUGUUGAUCCCUUUUGUAUUUUCAAGUAUUGUGGUGGCAGCAUCAUGUUAUGGGUAUGCUUGUCACCAGCAGGGACUGAGGAGUUUAAGAUCAAAAUAAAUAUGAAAGGAGCAAAGCCCAGGUAAAAAGUUAGAGGAAAACCCACCCCAGUCUUCUGAAAACCUAACCCUGGGAUAGGGUUUUAUUUUUAUGUGGGACAAUUACACACAUUGUUUUGCAAAAGACACACCAGAAGGGCUUUCCAAGAGCUGUUGAGUGUUCCUGAGUGGCCUAGUCUCAGUCCUGACUUAAAUCUGUUUAAAGAAAUCAGAAAAAAGGUUUAAAUCUCGCUGUCCAUCAAUGAUUCCCAACCACAUGUACUGAGCCUGAGCAAUUUGAACAAAAACGAUGGAUAUAUGUUGCCCUAGGAGUUGUGUAAAGUUGGUGAAAAUGAUUCAUAGCUGUAAUGGCUGCCAAAGGCUCUUCAACCUUUAUUAACUCAGGGGUGGAGACUUAUCGAAUUAUGAUUAUAUAAAUAUUUUUAAAAAUCUUAAUUUGGUAAAUGUUCUAUAACUUUCUUUCACUUUGAAAAUGUGGAGUAGGUUGUGUAGAUCUGUAGGAAAAAAAUCUAAUUUAAUCCCUUUUUAGAUUAAAAAGGGAUUAUAUCCUCCUACCCUAGAUCUGUCAUUUGGUGCAGUCAAUGUGAUCCUGACAUUGUGUUAUUUCAAUAUGUCUGUUAUUGACGUCCCUGGCAUUUACUUAGCUGCAAAGGUAUUUUCAGUUGUGUAUUUAUUUAUCUGCAUGUCUUUUUUGGGGGGAGGUGGGGGAUAGCAAAUUAUAAAUCCCUUCCUACAUUGAGCUGUUCAGGACUGAUUGUACCUCCAUGUCACUCAAGGCACUGAUGAUGAUAACAUGUCUAUAUUGCGCAAUACAGACUGAUCCUUUGUUGUUUUCCAUAUCUGUGUUUGUUGUGGAUACGCCGUUGCAAUGAGAUGAAAGUGAAGGUUCAAAGGCCAUUCCGCUUUGUGCUUUAGUGAACUUGACACAGAGGCCUCGUUGACUGAAACACGAUAAUGAUUGCCUCAGGAAAGGCACGUCCACAGGAUCUGUCAAUGUCACUUAUGGGUUCAAAAGUUCUUCCGAACAUCCUGUCCCCCAUACCAUGUCCAGUUUACAGUCACAAUCAAGUAUGUUGAAGUAAAGAUUUCAUAUCAAUAAAGUUGCUCACCAUACAGGUAGGGCUGGGAAUUGCCAGGGAACUCACAAUAUGAUAUUAUCACGAUACUUAUGUAUUGCGAUUCCAUGUUCCAAACAUAUUGCUCACCAUAUGUCUGCUGCAGAGGGACAAGAGAGCCAUGAGAAAACAAGAUUUGAUCAGUCAUGGAAAUAAGCGCUGAAAACAAAUUGGCUCCCUAUUAAAAAAGAAGAUGCUAUGAAGGAAAAAUACUGGAGAUUUGGUGCAGGCACAGCGAACUAGCACCAAAAAUAAAAUUGCGAUAUUGUCAAUACAAUACAUCAUCAAAAAGAAUAUCCCCCAUCACAACAUACAAGUGCUAUUCAGAUAUGGUGAGAGGGUAGAUUAGACUGCUGUUUGGGCCAGAUCAACUAAACUUGUUCUGUUGCAGUUUGCUUCCAUGAAGUCGAAUGCCAAAUGAAAAGGAAGCCUUGUCUCUGUUUGGUUAGGCUACCUGUUCCUCUACAUAUCACAACCACUUACUACUGCUGCUGCUACAGCUAUGCUGCUACCUCUACUGCUGCUGCUACAGCUAUGCUGCUACCUCUACGGCUGCUGCUACAGCUAUGCUGCUACCUCUACUGCUGCUGCUACAGCUAUGCUGCUACCUCUACUGCCGCUGCUAAAGUUAGCUUAGAAGAAGAUUAUUACUUUAUUGUCCAAUGUGCACAAAUGUCCAAUGGCAAUUUGUCUUCUGUUUUAUCCCAAACCCUCAAAAGGACAUACAAACAUGCACUGGUUGGGGCAGAGGGCAGCCACAGUGCAGCGCCCCUGGAGAAGUUAUAGGGGUUAAGCAACUUGCUCAAAGGUGCAACUGCAGGAGAUGGCUUAGCUGUAGAGCCACUCUUAGAGUACAAUGGACGUUGAAUAGAAAAGCACCCCAUAUAAAGAAAGUGUUUUAUAUUCAACUUCCAUUCUCCUCUAAGAGUGGCUGAUUUAUUUCCUGCUCAUCCAGUUUGUUCUUCAAUCCCUGCAUCUUGGUUUCUACUGUGAGGUAGUUUUUCCUCUGCUUAGCUUGGAGAGGCAGCUUGGAGGAAAGGCUGAGGACGAUUUCUGAGGAAUUACACUGGAAUGUCCCCUGCCUGUCUUUGUCUUCCUGAGCUGGCCUGCUGUGCUGAUGCACAUGAAUAUGAUGCGUUGCCUCUGAUACACACAUAGACACACACACACAGACACGCAUUACACUUGAUCCCUUUUUGUCUGAACACAUACCUCAGGGUUGCACAGGCUUUCAACCAAUAUACACUUCGUAAGCUAAGGUUUAAGCUUUGCCCUAUUUUCUCAAGGUUUUCUCAUGAAAUAUGACAGAGAUGUGGUCCUCUGUAGCUCAGCUGGUAGAGCACGGCGCUUGUAACGCCAAGGUAGUGGGUUCGAUCCCCGGGACCACCCAUACACAAAAAAUGUAUGCACGCAUGACUGUAAGUCGCUUUGGAUAAAAGCGUCUGCUAAAUGGCAUAUUAUUAUUAAAUGCAAGGCCAAGUUUGAAACCAUCCCUGUGGCCAUGCUAAAUACUGUCUUUAUAAGAAGUUAAUGUGAUGUCUCCUUUUCAGUGGAUUAGAUUAUUAUUUUCCUGGAUCCCAUGGUUUGUGAACAGGAAAUGUUGGAGAUUCUUUUGGAAUUGGUCAUUUGUUAUGGUCGUCGUCAUGGUCACUCUGUCUCAUGGUGCUGGUUUGCUUGUGUAGCCUAUGGGCAAUUCCACAGUAAUAGAAUUACGCUGACACUCAGAUUUAUCACUUUAAAAUGUAUGCCAAACAAAAUCAUUGAUUUCAAAUUUUAACAAACCAUACAAUUAUAUUCACAAUGGCUACUUUGAACAAUUUAAACAGUAAAACAAAAAAUUACUGGAAAAACUGUGCAGAUGCUAAGUUUGGUAAUAGAAUUACGGUAAAAUCUCCCUCAAUUUCAUUCUGUUACCGAACUUUGUAUCUGCACAGUUCUUCCUGUAAAUGUAUUUUUGUAAAAUUGUCAGUGGAAAUUGUUAAAAGUAGUACGUGUGCAUAGAGUUCUGAUGUUUUUUGUUUGGUAUACAUUUUAAAGUGAAAAAUCUGAGUCUCAAUGUAAUUCCAUUAUCAUGGAAUUGCCCCUAUACUAUGUUUAUGCGUGUGCUUGGUCAUGUCUGAGUCAACACAAAACCAGCUGCUCUGAUAAUGAUAUAUUCAAUUCACAGUCUCUUUGUCGGGUAAUGAUGUAGUACCUGCAAAGCACACCUUAAUGAAAAUGGCCAGAUGAAAGGGCAUGGUCCAUACACCCUUCCGGCUGCCCAAGACAGCCUAUUGAUAUUAAUUUAUCUGCAAAUGACUACAAAUACACAUCAUGCAGUGUACCAAAGGUGGGCCCAUGUAUAACCUGAUAAAUACUUUUGUUGAUUCUCAUAAGUCCCUCCCUUCAAGACAAAUGACUAUUUUACUGGCUUAUCAGCUGUGUUAUGAGAGAGUUUUUUUGUUAGUGUACGUGUCUGUCGGAAGGCACAGUAACUAUAGUAACUAACUGCCUGUGUGCGUUUAGGCAUGUGGGUGUACGUUAUACUCUGGCCUUCUAUAAUUAUUGCUUAUGAAGUUCAGGCUGAGAUGAGUGGCAAUCGGAGUGCUGAUCUCCUCCGAACAGAACAGGCCUCCUGACUGUCUCAGACAGAUGAUGAUGAUGAUAAUAUGCUCUGAUUCACACAAUGACAGCAUUGCUGGUGAUGUCAGUUGUGUACCCGUCCCAUAGUCAAGUGGCACAGGCGGAGUGUCUGAACCAGCUCGGUCAUGAUGGCAGAAUUUGUGUCUGCUUGCUCCUGUAACCAUGCAACGUUUGAGUGUGUGAGCUCAUACCAGCAGGGGGAAGGGUAUGUGCUGUAGGUGAUAUCUCGGGGAUGGACUGACUCCUAGACAGAGAGCAGAGCAGGUGAUUGACACACAGAUAAAUGACCUCACCAUUGGGGGAGCUGAGUGACAGACAGGACCUCUUUGUACAGAGACUGUGAUGGCAUUGAUCCCUCCUGUCUGUCAACACUCUGCUAUUAUUCUGGGUGAUCUGGGUGAAAUAGAUUAAAGAGAACACUUUACUGGCAUAAAACGUUAGUAUAUAUAGGGCAAUAAAAGCAUACAAAACGCCUACAUUGGUAAUAAACUCGGCCCUGGGCUGUAGGCUACCGGGUUGGGCAAUAUUUUCAUGAAAAACUCCUGUGCCGUUACACCCUAAACAAAAAUACAAAUGUGUUUGUUUCAAUUUACAUGAGUUGUCAUUGUUAUUAACAUGUUUUUCAUUACCCUUCAAUUAAGGUUUCACCCUGUAUUGUCUGUGAUGGGGUUUCACUGAUUCAUGAUGAAUGAGCAGUUAGGUAGUGCACUGUGCACACCAUGGACAAACAGCUGGAUGAUGUCACAGUAGAAUAUUUGCUCUGGCCAAUGUUGUCAUUCAACAGCGUCAGUGUUGGUUGUUGAACCCAGGCUCUCCAAGCUGUGUAUAUUAUACACUGUAUUAGGUUGUUUCUAUAAGAUGGGUGUUGGAGAAUUUUGGAACUUAUAUUUAAUGUAAAACGGGUAAUGUAGUUUUGUAAAAAAAUACAAAAAUAAAAAGUUCAUAUUUUGAUUCUAUCAUUAACUUGUGUGUUGCAGCAUUUGGCCCUGAGCGUGCAGCUAGGAGGCAAAGAUGGAAGGCGAAAGUUCGUUCAGCAGAAAGUCAUGGGCGUCACAGUCUUUACGGGUCACCGCCAGGGAGCUCUCAUUGGUCAGCACGCGAGGCAAGACCAACGCCAUCGCAGAGCGCUUCUCCAAGUGAGUGACGCACACAGCUCUCUACUAGACACUUCUAGUAUGACUGUACUACCAUAGACACUUCUCUUCCAAAUUCAUCUUACCAAACACGCAUCUAUCUGUAGGGAAUCCUCCAUAUCUCUCAGCUCUACGUACCUACUGUAUCAAUCACACUUAUCUCUUUUGGUGCUCAGCUCCAGAAUGUACAGUCAGUCAACCCAAACACUUCAGGCUUAAAGGCUUUAUACAAGUGCUCCCAUCCCAAAUGCACAUACUUAAGGGAGGGAGAGAGGUUGAGAGGGACGUAACAAAGAUGUUAGCUGUGUAUUAAUCUUGUUCUGCAGGUCAUUGGGUUUCCCUCGUGUCUGCCAACAGAGUUUGCAGCAGAAAUGGAAAGAGAUCAUUCUGACUGUUAAUAGUUACCACUCUUUAAGAGGCUCUGUGGGCGGAAAAUUCCGGUUCAAAAGUCACCUCUUCAUCACAUUGUCGUAACUGUAAUCGUAGGCAAUAUCAACCACUUACACUUGACUAUCAACCGUGACCUAUUUCCUCAUAUACCUUGCAUGUACAGGUCAAUUUCUUCUGUUGCUAUGUAAAGUAGCUGUUACCUUACCACAAUCUUGAUAUCCAGUUCCAGUCAUCAUUUAUCAUAUUGGCAAAAUACAGAAAAUACAAUUGUAUGGGUUGAGAAGAGGAGAGAAACUUCAUGAAGGGUCAUAGGGUGAUAAGCAUAGCUAGGUCCGGAAACAACCCCUAGUGGCGCAUUUCCAUACAGGAUUUACCCCAGUGUUUUACCCCAGUGUUUUACCCAAAAUGCUCAGACUUUUCUGUUUCCUUCUACAUGAACCAUGGCUCCGGCGGACCUGCCAUGCCACUCAUACAUUUCAGCUGACAUUUUAAUAGCUAUGGCUAACUGUGAACUUAAACACCUCUCACAAAGCAACUAUUUUGAUUAUGCAGAGGUUGUUGAUUCUGCUCUUCACAAGUCCUCAGUGUUGACCCUAGCUAUGGAAUCACAAUUUCCCUAGCAUAACAUAAGGGUGUAUAAACUAGUGUAUGUUACAGUCUACUUUACUGCGUGCACCUCUCUUCUUGAUCAGCAGAGGUCAGUGUUGCUCCUCUCUGUCCCAUAGGUACCAGAGAGCUGCUGAGGAGUCCAAUGCCGAGAAGAAGAAAGCAGUGAGUAUCUCUGUUCAGCUCCCCAACAGGAGACCCACUCAUGGAAUUACAGGAUGUGACAUCAUCACCUCAGACACACAGUCACUAGCUCAAUGAUAUGCCUUCUUGGUCAAGACCCUGACUCUUUGACUCUGUCACCAGUGAACUAUAUACUGAAGUGUGUAUGCCUAAGUGGUUUUGUGCUCUCUUCUCUGCUCAGGCUACUUAUGUUUGACAGUUAGUAAAUGGGAUAAAGCACUUUGUCAUUCACAUUGUAAAAUGUCAGCCUUUCUUUUAGACAGCCUUUCGAAAACUUCCACCUCCCACACACUCACUAUAAUCCUCAUCUCGUCUGAGGAACACACCCAACGAUUCCAUGCCUAGUUCUGCCUGGCCACUUAUUGUGAUGGCAGGCGGUCAGCCCCAUAAUCCUGACUCAGCCGACUAAUCCCAAAGUAAUUCCCUCUGGGAUAGUUGUCUUUGUCUGUUGGGGUAGUUGUCUUUGUCUGUUGGGGUAGUUGUCUUUGUCUGUUUGGAAGUGCUGGAGAAGUGGACAAGGGAAUAGGGAAUAAGUGAUCGGCCUAUGUCAUGCAGGAGUACAAGGUAACUACCUAUAAUUUCCAAUGGCUCAUCAAUGGGGAAUGUAUUCUGAUCAUUGGGUACCUAGCUGCCAGUGAAUCUGGACCUAGAUUGUAGCACAGGAGUUGCCCUGCGUGACGUGACAUUGUGGAAUUCUGGAGAGGCUCAAGUAGUUGUAGACGAACAUUGUUUACACACAAGGUCCUUUCUUAAGGUCAUUCAGAGCGAGGACAAGACACACACACACACUGGUCUUAUUGUGUGUGGUGCAUGCUGUUCCUCCAGUCUUCCUGUUUGUGCUGAAUUAAACAGGCAGGCAGCACUGGGUCAUAGAAGGAGGAAGCGAGGUCUCAGCUUUCUGAGAUGCAGUCCUCUGUGUUGCGGUAUGUGCAUCGGGGUCAGGAGUUUUAACUAGAGUUUUUUUCAGAUAUAGCUCGGUCCCUGAGUUUUUCCUGGUCAGGUUAACCAGCAGCAGGGUCAUAAUGAAGGAUUACAUGGGAGUAACUCAGUGAUUACAUGGUGGUCCACAAAUAAGGUGUAAGGAGUCUCCUGCAGUCUUCUUUCUGUGUGUGUUUUUUUUUAGGGGGUAGAUCAGCUUUACUAUUGCAGAUAGAUUGUAACUUCCAUCAAUGUAAUUGUCUGCAUCACUUCCAAUCCCCCAUAUGUUAUUUUUUCUCGCAAAUAAAUAAAUAUAUAUAUAUAUAUAUAUAUACAUAUCCUUUUAAAAAAUAUAUUUCCCUUUAUUACUUUCCAACCCCACCACCCCUUCCCUUAUUGGAGUAAACUAGUGAACAACAAUACUUAGGCCUCUACUUCCAGCUUAUACAUACUAUAUACAUUUUAUGGACACAGUACAUUUUAAAAUAAUUCUAUUUUGUUUGUUUUUACUCCUGAUCUUACUCUACCCUCAACCUCUCCAUGUCCAUCCGGUUUGCUUCUAUAUGCCAUAUCUUUCUAACUGUGCUCUUUCACAAAAGCUCUCAACCUAUAACCUAUAUACUUAUUAUGGACACAGUAUGCUUUACAUUAGUUAUCUUGUUGUUAUUAGUUGUUAGUUGUUAUUAGUCCCAUCCUUCAACUCCAUUCAACACCACCCAUCUAUCUCUUAACACCAUCCAUAUUGGAUUUCUAUUUGCCAUAUAUUUUUCAACUGUACUGUGAUGUUUUACAAAAGUUCUGAACCCUUCUAUUCUCAUUGUUUCUACAGAUUGUAAAUUGAAAAUAAACAUUUUUGCUAAAAGUAUUAUUAUACAGUGCCUUGCAAAAUUAUUCAUCCCCCUUGGCGUUUUUCCUAUUUUGUUGCAUUACAACCUGUAAUUUAAAUUGAUUUUUAUUUGGAUAUCAUGUAAUGGACAUACACAAAAUAGUCCAAAUUGAUGAAGUGGAAUGAAAAAAAUAACUUGUUUCAAAGAAUUCUAAAAAAUAAAUAAUGGAAAAGUGGUGCGUGCAUAUGUUUUCACCCCCUUUGCUAUGAAGCCCCUAAAUAAGAUCUGGUGCAACCAAUUACCUUCAGAUGUCACAUAAUUAGUGAGAUUGCACACAGGUGGACUUUAUUUAAGUGUCACAUGAUCUGUCACAUGAUCUCAGUGUAUAUAUACACCUGUUCUGAAAGGCCCCAGAGUCUGCAACACCACUAAGCAAGGGGCACCACCAAGCAAGCGGCACCAUGAAGACCAAGGAGCUCUCCAAACAGGUCAGGGACAAAGUUAUGGAGAAGCACAGAUCAGAUCAAACUUUGAACAUCCCACAGAGCACCAUUAAAUCCAUUAUUUAAAAAAUUGAAAGAAUAUGGCACCAUAACAAACCUGCCAAGAGAGGGCCGCCCACCAAAACUCACAGACCAGGCAAGGAGGGCAUUAAUCAGAGAGGCAACAAAGACACCAAAGAUAACCCUGAAGGAGCUGCAAAGCUCCACAGCAGAGAUUGGAGUAUCUGUCCAUAGGACCACUUUAAGCUAUACACUCCAUAGAGCUGGGCUUUACGGAAGAGUGGCCAGAAAAAAGCCAUUGCUUAAAGAAAAAAAAAAGAAAACACGUUUGGUGUUCGCCAAAAUGCAUGUGGGAGACUCCCCAAACAUAUGGAAGAAGGUACUCUGGUCAGAUGAGACUAAAAUUGAGCUUUUUGGCCAUCAAGGAAAACACUAUGUCUGGCGCAAACCCAACACCUCUCAUCACCCUGAGAACACCAUCCCCACAGUGAAGCAUGGUGGUGGCAGCAUCAUGCUGUGGGGAUGUUUUUCAUCGGCAGGGACUGGGAAACUGGUCAGAAUUGAAGGAAUGAUGGAUGGUGCUAAAUACAGGGAAAUUCUUGAGGGAAACCUGUUCAGUCUUCCAGUGAUUUGAGACUGGGACGGAGGUUCACCUUCCAGCAGGACAAUGACCCUAAGCAUACUGCUAAAGCAACACUCGAGUGGUUUAAGGGGAAACGUUUAAAUGUCUUGGAAUGGCCUAGUCAAAGCCCAGACCUCAAUCCAAUUGAGAAUCUGUGGUAUGACUUAAAGAUUGCUGUACACCAGCGGAACCCAUCCAACUUGAAGGAGCUGGAGCAGUUUUGCCUUGAAGAAUGUGCAAAAAUCCCAGUGGCUAGAUGUGCCAAGCUUAUAGAGACAUACAUACCCCAAGAGCCUUGCAGCUGUAAUUGCUGCAAAAGGUGGCACUACAAAGUAUUGACUUUGGGGGGGGGGGGGGGGGGGGAAUAGUUAUGCACGCUGAAGUUUUCUGUUUUAUUGUCUUAUUUGUUGUUUGUUUGAAAAAAAUAAUAUUUGCAUCUUCAAAGUGGUGGGCAUGUUGUGUAAAUCAAAUGAUACAAACCCCCCAAAAAAAUCCAUUUUAAUUCCAGGUUGUAAGGCAACAAAAUAGGAAAAAUGCCAAGGGGGGUGAAUAUUUUCGCAAGCUGCUGUAUUAUUGAUCGAUUUGACUAUGACUGUUCAGAUCACCCAGUAGUGCUAUCUGCAGGGUUAGCUCCAGGUAAAUAUUGCAAUCCUUUAGCCAUUCCUGGACCUGUGUCCAAAAACGGCUACAAAUGGACAGUACCAAAACAAAUGAUCUAAUGAUUCUGUGUCUUUGCAGCUAAAUCUGCAGAGCUGGGAAGAUUGUAUCCCCCAAAUAAAUAACAUUAUAUUAGUAGCAAGAAUUUUGUAUAAUAAUUUAAAUUGAAAAAUUAUACGUUUUGAAUCCGGUGUCGUUUUGCGUAUCAGUUCAUAAACACUAUGCCAUGGAAUCGGUACGUCAAAAAUCUCUUUCCAACUAUUUUGCAAUCUAUAUGGGACGGCUGUCAAUCCUUUGGUUCUUAAAUGAAACUGGUAUACUUUUUUAUUUAUCACAAUUUUCUUUAACCAAUUAUGUUCUUUAAUGCAGGGCCGACAGACAAGUUCCUUACUUUUUCCCCCUUCUACUUUCCUCUUACAUUUUUGCGGUAAUGCUGCAAUUAUUUGGUUGUAAUUUUGGGUAGAGCAGACAUUUCCAUAUGUUUUUGUUAGCUGCAUGUGCAACAUAACUCCACCAGUCCUACCUAGGUAUAAUCUUCGUAAAUUAUAUCAUUUAAAAAAAAUUGUCCAACAAUAAUGGUUUUUUAUCAAUUAGUAUAUUUGAGUUUAACCAUAAUAUUUGUUGCAUAAUUUGUUCUGUCAUUUCUGGAGGAUUAAAUUGAAAUUGCAACCAACUUUCUAUGGCUUGUUUUAGAAAUAGUGAUAUUUGGGAGAUGAUUUCCUUUUCAAAUAACUGAAAGUGAGAGGUUGUAAUCUGAAUAAAGGGAAAAAGGCCAUUCUUGAACAAUGGGUGAGACAAUCUUAGUAAUUUGCUAGAGAACCAGUUCGGAUUUAAGUAUAACUUUUGUAUGACUGAAGCUUUUAGUGAUAGGUCUAAUGCUUUAAUAUUUAAUCAUUUCUGUCCUCCGAAUUCAUAUUCAUUAUAUAAAUAGGCCCAUUUGAUUUUGUCUGGCUUGCCGUUCCAAAUAAAAUUGAAUAUUUUUUUCUCAUAUAAUUUAAAAACUGUUCGCUAGGCGUAGGCAAGACCAUAAGCAAAUAGGUAAACUGGGAUAAUACCUUUUCCAUGGUAGCAAGAUCUUAUCUAUUUUUGCUAACUUUCUAUUAAAAUGUAUUGGAGUGAGAUCAUUUAUUUCAUUUGGGAUAUGUAUUCAGAGUAUAUCCACAUCACCAUCAGACCAUUUUAUUGGUAAACUACAUGGUAAUGCAGAAGUUAUAUUUUUUAGUGAUCCAAUACGUAAUAUAGUACAUUUAUCAAAAUUCGGUUGUAAUCCAGAGAGGUUAGAAAAUGUAUCUAGAUCCUCUAUGAGGCUGUGGAGGGAUUCAAGUUGUGGAUUAAAAAGAAACAUGAAUCAUCAGCGUACAAUGACACCUUUGUUUUUAAGCCCUGGAUUUCUAAUCCCUUGAUAUUAUUGUUGGAUUUUAAUAGCUAACAUUUCGAUGGCCAUAAUAAAUAGAUAUGCCGAUAGUGGACAACCUUGUUUCACUCCUCUUGACAGUUUAACAUUUUCAGAGAAAUAGCCAUUAUUUACUAUUUUACACCUAGGGUUACUAUACAUGAUGUUAACCCAUUUUAUAAGAGAUUCUCCAAAAUUGAAAUGCUCCAGGCAUUUAUAUAUAAACCCCAGUCGUACUUUAUCAAAUUACUUUUCAGUCUGCUAUAAAUAGCAGGCCUGGUUUCCCAGAUUUUUCAUAGUGUUCUAUUGUUUCCAGUACUUGCCUUAUAUUAUCGUCCAUGUAAAAAACCUGUCUGAUCAGAAUGAAUAAUGUCCGACCUUUUUAAUUCUAUGCGCUGCAGUCUUCUUAAUAUUAUAUUGAUUGUGUGGAAUCUACUCUGAACAAAAAUAUAAACGCAACAUGUAAAGUGUUGGUCCCAUGUUUCAUGAGCUGAAAUAAAAGAUCCCAGAAAUGUUCCAUAUGCACAAAAAGCUUAUUUUUCUCAAAUGUUGUGCACAAAUUUGUUUACAUCCCUGUUAGUGAGCAUUUCUUCUUUGCCAAGAUAAUCCAUCCACCUGACAGGUGUGGCAUAUCAAGAAGCUGAUUAAACAGUAUGAUCAUUACACAGGUGCACCUUGUACUGGGGACAAUAAAAGGCCACUCUAAAAUGUGCAGUUUUGUCACACAACACAAUGCCACAGAUGUCUCAAGUUUUGAGGGAGCGUGCAAUUGGCAUGCUGACUGCAGGAAUGACCAUCAGAGCUGUUGCCAGAGAAUGUAAUUUUCAUUUAUAUAUCAUCUGCCUCCAACGUCAUUUUAGAGAAUUUGGCAGUACUUCCAACCGGCCUCACAACCGCAGACCACGUGUAUGGCGUUGUGUAGGCAAGCGGUUUUGCUGAUGUCAACGUUGUGAACAGAGUGACCCAUAGUGACGGUGGGGUUAUGGUAUGGGUGGCAUAAGCUACGGACAACUAACAGAAUUGCAUUUUAUAGACGGCAAUUUGAAUGCACAGAGAUACCGUGACGAGAUCCUGAGGCUCAUUGUCGUGCCAUUCAUUCACCACCAUCACCUCAUGUUUCAGCAUGAUAAUACACAGCCCCAUGUCGCAAGGAUCUGUACACAAUUCCUGGAAGCUGAAAAUGUCCCUGUUCUUCCAUGGCCUGCAUACUCACCAGACAUGUCACCCAUUGAGCAUGUUUGGGAUGCUCUGGAUCGAUUUGUAAGGCAGCGUGUUCCAGUUCCUGCCAAUAUCCAGCAACUUUGCACAGCCAUUGAAGAGGAGUAGGACAACAUUCCACAGGCCACAAUCAACAGCCUGAUCAGCUCUAUGUGAAGGAGAUGUGUCGCGCUGUAUGAGGCAAAUUGUGGUCACACCAGAUACUGACCGGUGUUCUGAUCCACGGCCCUACUUUUUUUUUUUUUUUUUUAUGUAUCUGUGACAAACAGAUGCAUAGCUGUAUUCCCAGUCAUGUGAAAUCCAUAGAUUAGGGCCUAAUUAAUUCAUUUCAAUUGACUGAUUUCCUUAUAUGAACUGUAUCUCAGUAGAAUCUUUGAAAUUGGUGCAUGUUGAAUUCAUAUUUUUGUUCAGUAUAAUUCCCCCUUCAACUGUGACCAUUAUCAGUCAUGGUUCUGUAUGUAAUUACAGGUAUCAUUAUUCCUAAUUAAUCACAUCUAUUAUGUUCUCUAACCGCAAAAGACACGCAGAAGUUAAUUAUCGUUUUAUAGGGGAAUGAAUGUGCCACUCCUUAACUCUCAACAUGUGGUCCUCCCUUCUACUGCUGCUGAGUCAGGCAGAUUGAGUCACAGUUAGGGUUCUGACCAGGAAGUAAGUGUGUGUGUGUGUGUGUGUGUGUGUGUGUGUGUGUGUUCUCGUUCAAUAGUGGUGAUGGCUGAGAUGUCUCAAUAGGUUAAACGGGACAUCAUGUGUUGUAGGUUACGCAGUGUCUUGAGGACAAAGGGUAAAAUGUGAGGAGCAGUGACAUUGAUGAUUUGACUUCUUACUUCUAAUGAUCCAGUUUUCAAGGAAAAUAUAUAACCUAAAAGGAGAAGAGUUUGGUUUUGUACAACAACACUGUCUGGAAUUUGAAUGUCAUGAUGUGAUUGGAGAUCACAGAUCUCAACACUGACAGCAUGAGGUUCUGUAACAUGACACAUGUUAAAUGUUAGGGGAUGACAUGACUUCAGUGCAUGGGUAUGGGUCUGACAUUGGCUCACACAACAACAGAAUACCUGAAACUUCAGCCAUAUGUCUAUGCUGGAUUCACACACACAAAUAAACACAUAUUUACAAUAUUUAUUUGGGGAUAAACUUUGAGAAGUGAAAAGUAAAGAACCCCAGACUCAGUCAGCGAAGAGUUAAACAUUUCCCAAAUGUAUCAUUUCCUGCUUUCUGGUUUCCUGGGAUAUUUUUUCCCCCUCUGCCUCCAUCUCUCUCUCUCUUUUUCCUGGUCUUGAUGGGGGGUGGGCUGGUUCUUACUUGCAGAGUUUUUCUAACUGCUAACAUCUGGGAGAGCUUGAUCACCCUUACUCAGCACAGAGACCAGAGGGAAGGACGGCAGACUGAUUCCAGCUACAGGACUCUGUCCCUGCCUGCAACCUAGCCUCCCCGUUACGCCUCGACUCGUUCUCACAGGUUUCACCACUUCUUUAAAAAAAAACUGGGAACAAACUUUUCAUUGUCUGUUACUCCUUUUUCCUUGUACUUCUUGUACUCCAGCUGCUCUCACACAGAGAGCGAUUGUGUGUCCUACUGUCUUUGUGUGUGUUUGUCAGAUUUGGGUUUCUCUCCCUUCUUUCUCUUUAUUCAUAUCUCCCAUAUUUUGCUCUCCUCCUUUUCCAUGUGUGUUUCCAUCUCGUUUCUGUCACAUGUUUUGUUGGUGAAACAUGGCUUGAUGUGCAGGCUAGGUUUGUCUGAGUUGCUGCUUGGUUGUGGUGUGAUCAAUGUGAUGACAGUAGGAAUUCUUGUCAGCUUUUUAUAGCUCUGUCAAGUUUGCAUGGAUGUCCACUACUAUAUGGUUGACCACCUCAUUAUCACGUUGAAGGGAAAAGUCAGGUUUGUUCUUUGUUAGGGCAUUGUGAAUGUUGAUGGUUACCUACUGCUUGGAGCUUGUCUUAUGGAUGUCAUUUUUACCAUUUAGAUCACAUAUUGUUACUCUUCUUCAUGGGUGUGAUUAGAUAGUUUGUACUGAGUUGAGCUCUGAUUAGCAUAGCCCAGUGCGGUUCCUUGAAAGGAACAUUGAGUUCCCCAUGUAAACUAAGUUUAUUAGUUGACUCUGUUCUGCUUUCAAAGGGCCAUAUUGUUUCAUAUACCUUUCAGAACUUCCCCAUAUUAAAUAAACCGUUUACAAGCGGGCGUUCAUUUCCAUAUCUUCUAAUGAAGAUCAGUCAUUGACAUCAUAUAAUGGAGUAUUGUUGUCCCAUGGUAGUUCAGCUUGCUGCUCGGCGUAAGUUAGGAGUUAGGAGCUUAAUGGAUGGUUGAGCCUAGCCUAGCAGGGCAGAGAACACUUCCUGUACUUUCAGGUAAAGGUGAGGUACGUUGCCACAUAAUGGAAUACGGUUGAGAAAGAGGUCUCCAUGUUCAGUCCUGCUCUGUCUCCAUCUCUAGCCAAGACUGUCUGCCUUUGUGGAGUGGAGUGUGCAGCAGCUGAUAGUUGCCUGCUCUGACUUCAGCUACCAGCCAGCUACUCUGACAACAGCUCCUCUCUCGUGGCUGGUCGAACAGCUGCUCAUUUAAUCUCUCUUUCCUUCCAACUACCGCUGGCCGCAGUCUUUUCCCACUGUGGCCUCGUGAAGAAUGAGGUUAUGAGCUUGAGUUUUUUUGCUGUUUAAUUUGGUUGCAGUCUGGUUGCUUGAAGUUGGAUUAUAUAAUACUGGACAUGAUUGACUGGUAGAUGUAGAAUGUUGGAAGCAACUGGUGAUUACUAUUUUGUUGGUAAUGGUUUCGUUCCACAGUUCAAAAAUGAGACGGUGACUAUUUGUAUUAUUGCUAACUGUUAGAAAUUGGUACUGUAUUUUGGUAUUUUUACAGUUUCUCAUACAAUACUACUCUUACACACAAUUACCUCGGUACAGUUUACAUGGUGGUUCACUUUUCGGUCGAUAUUACCUUUUUCAGGACAUUGCUUCAGUCAGUAACUUCAAGACAUUCUUCCAGUUGACCAUUCUCUAAUCUUCUCUUGUCUUCCUGUCAGUCGGUGGAGAGCCUGCCUCCCACUCUGCGUUCAGGGAACCUGAGUGUUCUGAAGAAGCGCUGGGAGCAGCCGGGACCUCGCCAAGACAAACCCGCCCCGCUACCCGCCGGCCCACCCCGCGCCCGCCUUAUCCCCCCAGCCGUAACCAAACCAGUGCCCCCGACCGAGCACCGCCCCCCAGCCAAAUCCCUGCGAUCUCUGGGCACUCAGGGUGGUCAAGACACAGCCUACAGCCACUUCCAGUAUCCCCCAGCAGCAGCAGCUAUAGCCGAGGAAGGACCGGAGAGAGGGAUGGAGAGAAAAGAGCAGCGGCCAAGCGAGGGAGAGGAGGAGGAAGGGCUGAUGCAGGUGGAAGACAAGGUGGUACCACCCAGCCCCUGCAGCCCCAUCGAGAAACCCAGCGUGCCUCUCAACAGCCUGAAGAUGAUGUUUGAGAAGGGAGAGGGCACCAAUAGAAGGGUAAGACUGAUACAGACUCACACACACAUUUUACUCUAAAACUUUCUCAUUCAGGCAGACACACACAAACACACUGUGGGUAUGUAUCCCUCUACAAAAGUGGUUCCCAAACUGUGGGGCGUGUCCCCUAGGGGGGGUGCGGAGUAAUAGUAGAAUGCACAAGGUGCAACUUCGAAAUUGGGUAGUGAUUCGGAAGUGUUCCUCAAUGAUGGAAUGGAGGGCCCGAGUGAAAUAGUUUGGGAACCACUGCUCUACACAGUAUCUCCCCCUCUCUGCUCUAAGGAUACUUCUCUCUCACUCCAUCUCUUGGCAUCUUCCUCAACAUGUAGCUGCUCAUUAUGGUUGUGGGGUCAGGUCAGCCAUCUGAAUGUGUGUGAUUGGUUAGCCCCCCAUAUCCAGCUGGGAUGCAGCUGAACUCCUGGUCUGUUGCACAGCCAGACAGUUUCAUGGUGCCUUCCUUUUGGAGUGUAGUCAUGCUAGCAGUCACAUGCCUUGGUACCUGAGGCAUUCGUGCCUUUCAAAAAGCCCUGUCUGACUUCAUAAGGCACCCCAAGGACCACUGUAUGUCUCAGUGCACAUCACUAAGUACAGACAGAACACCCAUUCACUCAGACACACACACACACACACACACACACACACACACACACACACGUAGAGGAAACUUGCUAAAACUAUCUUACCUACUCAUACUAGAGGUCUAGAAACUCAAACAUGCAUACAUACACUGACUUGACGAAGACACCCCCAGUUGAGAAGUGAAAUACUUUGCGCCAGACACUCAGAGGGAGGGUCUCCUAUGGCUCCUCAGAUAUUAGCAGAGAGAAGUCAGUCAUUAGUGGCCAUAUUAAUGACCCGGCCCUCUGUCCCAUUACUGCCUAACUAACUCAACCCUUCAGUCACACUCUUUCUGUCCCCUCGAAAAGUUUAUAUAACUCAAUUCUCCACACUGCCCAUCUGUCCUAUCCCUUAUCCGCUCUUAAACAACCCCCUCUUUAGUGUACACACACACACACACGCCAUAAUAGCCCAGGGUCAAGAAUGUACCCGCAUUCCUCCUAGUCUCUGGUCCAUGUGUCUUUCUCUUCAAAGACCCACGAUAGGAAUUUUCCCUCCCUCUCUGUGUCCUGUCAUUCUCCUUCAGUUAGGUAUUCACCCGUCAUGGCCCCCACCCCACCUCUUCUCUCAGCAUCACACAAGAUUGCACUCCUCUGUGCACUUUUGCUUCUCCUCUUUUUCAUUUUCCUCAGGUUUCUCGUCUAAUAAAAGUUGAGUAAAACUUUGUGACUCUGAGACCAUAGUACUUUGUAUAUUCCUGGUGGUCUGGUGUAGGCUACCCUAGCUUAGCCAGCCCAGUGUUGAUGCAUGGUCCAGGUGGGAGAGCAAGGCUGUGGAGUCCGACUCAGACUGGAGUGAGUUUGCCACCACGCCUUGGUGUUCAUCUCUUUUGUUAAGUGUGUUCAUGAUGACCACUAGCAAUACUUAGUUCUACCUGUUGGAAAUUCCCCCAGUGUCUCCUCAGGGAGACUGGUCUGAGAACAGUGGUAGUGUUGUAGUCUUUGUCCUCUCAGCCAGUCAGUCAGACGAAGCUUCCACAAUGACAAUGCUUCUGGACUUCUGCUGAAUUUACUGCCAGGGGUUUUAAGAGGGGAGUGACAGUAGGAGGUCAACCUCGAUUCGUCUUGGUCUGAGUGCUGUGCUCACUACUCGGUGUGUUUCCUCUACACAUACGCACAAAAGCUACGCCAGUGCAUCGCUAUGCCAGUGCAUGGGGGGAGGAGAUGCGUCUCCAGGUGUACACACACAAACUCAUGCUAUAUCUGUCUCUCUCACACACACACACACAUGAGUGCCCCCCCCACCCUGCCCUGCCCCAGCUUUAGCUCAGUGCCUGCUCUGUGCUGAUACUGUCUUACAGCAGUAAUGAUGUCAUGGGAGUGGUAUGCACACGCUCCUUACCCCCCCCCCCCCCCACACACAAACCCUGCUCCUACAGAACACAAACUCCUUUCUCUCUCUCUCUCCAAUCAAAAACUUGCAGUAUGUUCUCUCGCUCUCUCCUUCCCUCUCUCCUUAGUUCUACGCCUCUUUGUGUCUUUCUCUUUAUAACCUCUCCCUCACCUCUCACACACUCCUUGUUCCUAGUUCUCUUUUACUCUCUGUGUUCCACCCUUUCUCUUUGUCUCUAAUGUUUUUGAUCAGCCCUCGGUUGUAACUGUAUGAGCUGUAAUGGGUCCUGAGCAUAAAAGGUUAAGAUGGCGCAGAUAAGGCUCUGUUUCACUACCUGGCUGUCACCCAGAUAAACGACACCCUGUACUGCCUGCCACUGGCAUUAGCCUUAUCUCUACUACCCCAAUAUUCAAAACAUAGCGUGGUGUUUUUUUGCAUAGUUUAUGUAUGAUUCUAGUUACCAUAGUUACCUAGUUAGACCCAGACCAUUUGGAUAUGCAAAGAACAGUUUGAGACUACGUCACGUUGUAUAGACUACAUAUUCAAUUCACGCUUGCUUGAAAAGGGUACGAGCUUUAGCCUGUUUGAUAAAUUGUGUAGAUUACAUGCUUGUCCUCUCUUUAAAAUGAGUCAUGCCUCUUUGCUUGGUUGUUGUUUUGGUCUAUUUUGGCCAACAUUUAGCUCUUGGCACAUAGUUUGAUUUGCAGUGGAAUCAGUUGGUCCUGUCUCAACCUGUCCUCCUCAGUGAACUAUAGGACUUAUCACUCUUCUCUUCUCUGCUCUAACAUAACAUCACACUCCACUCUGUGCUCUUGUAAAACAUUUGUAUGAGCAAUUCUUUGAGUGAACUAGGAAAUUACUUUUCAAUACAUAACAUUAUGGACACCUUGUAGCUGCAAUCCACAAGUACAAUGUAAAAAGUUAUUGACUUGGCUAUGGCUGACUCCCGAAGGCCCAGUCUGUUUUAAUUGGCCAGAUACCUCCUCCACUCAUUUGUAUCCAGGAUUACUGCUUAAGCCUGACCAUCUGGUUUACACAUCAGUGUGCUGUAAUAAACACCUACACACACACACAUGCUCGUGUUUGUUAAUUCUGUAGAGUCUAAGAUGUUGGGGGGGGUUCUAAGCUGACAUAUGGAAUUGCUUUAAGAUGGUCAUACUAUGGAUCUUUUAGAUAUUUGAUUUUGAAUUGUAGGACCCCUUUAGGUAUAAAAUAUAUAUAUAUAUAUAUAUAUAUAUAUAUAUAUAUAUAUAUAUAUAUAUAUAUAUAUAUAUAUAUAUAUAUAUAUAUAUAUAUAUAAAUAAUAGUAAUACUAAAGCCCAUAGAAACGCAUUGAAUAACACAUUCAUAAAUGGCAAAAAGGACAGUCAAAAAAUAAAUCAUAAGAAAAAAGGUUUUGAAGUUUCUGUCCUAAAUCUAAGAGAUAAUUUUAAAAAACGCAAUAAAUAUGUUUUUUUUUUUUACACUUUUAACCCCUUUUUGGGGUAGGCGUGAGAAUUCUCCUUUCUACAGUGGGUCCCAUUAGUUUGUAACCCAAACGAUUCGGACGCUGCCAAACAGACGUUGGCACAUCGACGUACCGACUUCAGACGAGUCACCAUAGUGUUCACGAGAGUCUCCCCUCUCCAUAUAGUAGUAGUUUGUAUGUUACACCAUUCGGACGCUACAGACAUUUUCGAUAGAAGACCGAUUUCGGGAUGUGUCAUGGUCUGACAAACACUGCUCUAUCUCUGCCACCUUUCACCGCAGAUGCGGAAGUGCGACAUAGGCGGAUGCGGUGGAUUGACACGCAGCCAAUGCAAAAAAGAUGUCUCUAGUUUAAACAGAUUUUUUUGUUAUCAAUUGACUCUAAGGGGUUGAAGGGAUACUUCGGGAUUUUGGCAAUGAGGCCCUUUAUUUACUUGCCCAGAGUGGGAUGAACUCGUGGAUACCAUUUUUAUGUAUCUUUGUCCAGUAUGAAUGAAGUUAGAGGUAGUUUCGCAAGCCAAUGCUAACUAGUGUUAGCACAAUGACUAGAAGUCUAUGAGUAUCUGCUAAUAGAAAUUGUAUCCACAAGUUCAUCUGAUUCUGGGGAAGUAGAUAAAGGGCGUCAUUGCCAAAAUCCCAAACUAUCCCUUUAACCUUGAUACCCUCACUGGGCCAGCUGUCUGUGUUUGAACAGUGUCCCUUCUCCCUAGCCCCCCUGUUGUGACUUGCCCUCUCUCCUAGCCUGUACAUUGUUAUGGCAUUGUAACAGGGCAUCUUCAGUGUUUUGUAGGUUAAGGUGAGAGGUGGGUGUAUAGCCUACUUGUUAUGUGCUUUCAGUUGUAGUCUACGUGUGUGUGUGUGUGUGCGUGUGCGUGCGUGCGUAUUGGUGAGUAAAGUGGCUGUGUCAUGGUGGAGUUGGUGGGGGGACAGAUGGUCCUGUCUGACAAUGGCUCUGCCUCUUGAGCUUAUUAGGGGAUUAACACUGUGUAGAUGUGUCCGCACGCUUAUGUGUACAUACUGUAGUGUAGGGUUCCCCAACUGGCAGGCAGCGGUCUGAAUUUGGCCCGCAGGUGAUUUUAUUUGGCCCUCCCAAGUUUUCUGAGUAACUGUUUAUUUAAUUUUUGUUGAUGGAUGUAAGACUAUAAAAACACCAGCAUACCAGCUUCAAGUGAUUUUAAUUUUGGAAAUCUGUUCCAAAGUAUUCCCACGCAUAAUAGAGAGAUGUGAUCCUAUACAAAUGUAAGCAAGGUUUGAAAUUAUUAUGUUUUAGUCAAAUAUAUCUGUUUGGGCUUCUUGCAGUCAAUUUGCAGUCUACAAAUUAAUUGUAAUUAUGUUCCGGCCCCCUGACCAUCCACUAAAGAGAGAAUUGGCCCGCGGCUGAAUCUAGUUGAUGAUCCCUGCUGUAGUGUAUGUGUGGUUAGUGGUGGUGUAGAGGUGCCUGUCUCCCAUUCCCAUCUGGUAAGUCAUUAUGUGGUUCAUUACAUGGUUAACAGAUCCGUUGUGUGGUGCUAGAAGUAAUUUAGCUGGAAUAUGUCUGAUGUUGUUUGUCUUGUCAUAUUUGUUUAUUUUCCAUGAUAAGAAAGCAUUAAGCAUAAUAUGUAGUUUAAAACAGACUGGCUAGAAUUUAGCUGUACAAUUUCAUUGCAUCUGCUGUCCAAAAUUAGCAGAAUGCCGUAAAUUCACCAUCUUGUUCAAGUUAGAAACAUUUCAGCAACUUGAGACAAUUGAGCUUCUUCUGAAACCUGAACACCAUAGGUAUUUGGUGAUUGUUUUGGUGUUUAACUGUAAAGUGUUCCUUACUGCUAUCAGUCUCUCCGGGCAAAUUACAUUAAUCACUGAUGAGAAGGCUUGUUAUUUGAUUAGGUCUAGAGCAAGGUGUGGGGGGAAAUGGCACAUGCCCCAAUGGGUGUGUGUGUUUGUGCCAGUGUGAAUAGGGGUUUGUUUAAGCAACCAUCAAUGGCUAAUUUUAAUGUAAAGGAAAUGCAGGAUCUGGUUUUGAUGUCGAUGGGCCAAACCAUUGUGAGAUAGGGGGAAGUUGUGAUGAGUUGUGGGGCUGGUCAAAAGUGACCAAUGAUGGGGUUGUCUGAGAGUGUCCCAGCAGAGGCUGACUAACUACUAAGGCAUAGAGAGCGAUGUAGAGAAAGCAGAAGGAGACUGUGGUUGUUGGGGUGACGGUGAGGACAUCGGACAGUCCUGUCGGAGGUUGUGUAAUAAACUGAACCCUGAACCUUGACCCCUGUGUUAUCAUCCAGGUGAGGAUGGGACUACACAGCAGCUCCUCUGAGGACAUGGACCAGAGACUAGGAGGUAAUGCAUGGGCAUGGACACACACAUUUGCACUAGACCCAUACAGUACAAUCGUACAGUAUCUGAUAUCACUACUAGGCACCAACUGACAAAAGGAUCCCAUGAAUAGAGGUGCCCACUGCAGUUAUAAUAGCCAUGAACGUUACAGAUGGGAACACAAUGUGUGCAUUCACGGGUGCAUGAUAACGGCUGUGCUUGAACUGAGACAGAAGUGUGUAAAUUCAUAGUUAAUACACUGCUUCAUCUAAAAAGACCAGCUUUAUUUACUCAAGUCAUAAACUUUUGGCAGCUUUUAUAUACAGUUUCCCCUGUUUGUUUUUUUCAUAGUAGAUAAUGUAGGCCAGUGUUUUUCAUAUUUUUUUUAGGCAUGGCAUAAAGUCCUCAAAAGUCACAUCCAGGACUUCUGACAACAUUGCAGCAGAGCUAGGUGGGGGAUCAGGAGCAAGAAACCUUAUAGAUGCUAACCUGUGAUUUUUUUUCACAGUGUUAUCCCCUGACAGAGUUCUGGAGACCACCUCCCUGAAGGAAAGAAUGGCCAAGUACCAAUCAGCCGUUACUAAAAAGGGCCCACUAGCACGCACUGUGAGUUUGCGUGUGUUUGUGUUAAUUAUACCAAUUUCGUACAGAAGAUGUGGUAUAUUACCUGUAAAAAAUAUAAGGCAAUGACCCCCUUUCAAACAGCCUUAUUUACCACAUUUCCCUUUUAAACAUAUCAGUGGGUAACUGGCAAAUUGGAAGGGGUGGGGGCUGUUUGGAUUUCAAAUUAGGGAGGUGUUAAACAAUGGAAGUGUUAAUGAAUUUACCUGCAGAAAAGCAGAGAACCAUUCACACAGACCCAAUACCUGUACUUGGGUUACAGGGUCUGUGAAAAUGCAGGAAUCACGACUAGGUCUUUAGGUGGGUUUUAAUUGACCAUGUUUUUUUACCCCCUACCCCUUUCAGAUAUAUAUGAGAAAGCUGGUAUAAAAAAGCAGGCAUGGUAAAAUAGUGGGAUUUUGGUCUGUUGUUUUUAAACACUCCCCUCUCCUCACAUUGUUUAGUCUCCUUUGUUUAGGAGAAGCUAGAGACACUGUGGACUCAGUCACCAGACCUAAACAUCUUUAUUUUUUAUUUUUUUGAAAGAAGUGAUCCUCUACUCUUGUUUAAUAGUCCAGAAGCUUUGGUCUCACCACAUCCAAGGCUAAUGGAAGGAUAGGAUAAAUGGAAAAGUUGCAUGUCAAAGAAAGACAGAUCUUACUUCACAUAUUUAGUAAAAACAGCCUUAGUUUGACAUUUCAUGUCUCUCUUGUCGCUGUUCUUUUACUGAUCAACCACUCUGUUCAUAUGCAGGCCAGUCAGUCAGAGGGAGAGGACGGCAGCCUCAAGGAGACUGUGCCCCCUAGUGGUGUGGCUGUGGUCAGUACCUACGGGUGUGUCCGUGUGUGUGGCCAUGUGUGUGUCCGUGUGUGUGUCCAUGCGUGUCCGUCUGUGUGCGUGCAUGUGGUGCGUCUGAGAAAUGUGGUUUUGAGGUGUGAGCGAGAGCUUGACUGAGGAAACAUACAGUGUGAGUCUGUGAGAUAAAUGAUACACUGUGUGUGAAGAUUAGUGAAUUGGAUAGGGGAGCAGCAUUUAAACGGAUACAAACUGUAAACCAAUGAAAGCUGAUGUGCUGUAAGUAAAUCAACUCCUACAAGACUGAAGUCUCCUAAAAAACCUGCUUUAAAACAUGAAUACACAUACAUAGUGACAGUAAACUCUUUCAUGGAUUUUUAUGUACAAUUGUAUAUGAGUGAACAAGCUAUAUACUGUAGAUUUGAUUGCUAACAAGGUUUUCUCUCUCCUUUUCUCUCUCAGAGCCAGGCUUUAGAGUCCUACAGCAGAAAAGUUGCUGUAGCAGAGACCAAUGGUGAGUCAGCUUUCAUUUCCCUAUCUCCCAUGAUGUCAUCCCCACAGCUCUCGGCUGGGGGUGCUGGGGACAGAACCGCACCCAGCUGCUCUCGCCUCUGAUUGGUCUUCUGUAUUCUAGGUUAAAGGGCAGAGAGGGGUGGCGCGCCGACUGGUUCGUUACCCUGAGUUACUGCUCUGUGUUUAGGGGUCUCACUCAUCUCAAGAAUUUCUAGUGAAAAGCCUGGCUCCCUUUUUUAUUGUUAUACUGCUCUGACUUCCUCUGGAGCCAAGAUGGAGUCCCUGUAGUCUCACUGGUAUGUUGUGUGUUUGGUCUGUUUCAGGUGAUGGCAUGGACACACCUACCUCUAAGGAUAGUACCUCUUCUCCAUCCUCAGCCCACAGUGACCCGCCCAAGGCAGCCAGGGUGAGUCCCCUCCAUAACCUCCAUCACAAUGACAUGUACAUCAUGUAUUAAAUCGAUAGGACCGCUAUCAAAUCUCUGACGAUAAGACUUGUUACUGACAACCACAAUGUAGUGUAUGAAAGGUCAAUUCUUAAAGUGUCUGUGUGUAGAAGUUCUGCCUGCCCGUGAGGGAGACGUGCAUUGCAUGCCUGAAGACGGUAUACCCGUUGGAGAGGCUGGUGGCCAACACCCAGAUCUUCCACACCUCCUGCUUCCGCUGUCUCCACUGCAACACCAAGCUCAGGUACUAGGGACACUCACUCGCCACGGGACACUUCAAAUAACAUUAUAUAAUAACAUUAUACAAAUUUCACAUUCCAAAACAUUUAGAAACCAUAGGAGAAAGAACAAAGAACAUGCAAAAACAGUAUUGUGUAUCGUGCAUCAUAAUACAGUACCUUUACAAAAUGCCUUUUGAAUUUAUCACAAGCCGAAUCAAUUGGAGGAACAUUAGCUUUUGAAUGUACAUUUGUAUGAUAUAUCACGUAAAUCCAGGACCACUUUUAGUAACCGGUGUCUUGUGUCUGCAUCUAUCUAAAAUAUGUUUUUGUGGUUCUUUGCUGCCCCCUGCUGUUCAGUCUGGGAAACUACGCCUCUCUGCACGGCAAUGUCUACUGCAAGCCCCACUUCAGCCAGCUGUUCAAGGCCAAAGGCAACUACGACGAAGGCUUCGGCCACCGGCCCCACAAGGAGCUGUGGACGCCCCGCGCCGAGGGAGAGGAGGAGGAAGAGGGAGUAGACCGGGAGGUGGAGAAGAGGCCAAAGGAGCAGACAGAAAGAGAGGCGGCGGUGUCCCGUCCAGCCUCCUCAGCCAAGCAGCCCAGCCCCACGGUGGAGGAGUCUCCCCUGGCCAAGGUGACGGACCUGACUGCCUCUCUGGAGACACGCAGCCACACCACCUCCACCGAGAAACUCUCCAGCGCCGAGAAAAUACCAGAGGCCCGCAAGCUGAGGGUUGCCUGGCCCCCUCCUGCUGACAGCGAUGCUGGGACCUCUCCAAUUUUGGAGGCUGGUGGUGGUGUGGGCCGGCCCUGGAGGGCCAAGUGGCCCCCGGAGGGCGAGGUGUCAUCGUCCACCCUGAGCCACGACAGGUCCGAGCUGAAGAGCCUGAGGAGGAGCUCGUCUCUGAAGGAGCGAAGUCGGCCCUUCUCGGUGGCACCCAGCCUCACCACCACCAAUGCCCUCGGGCCACGGGAGCCCCGCCGGCCCCUCAAAUCCCUGCUGGAGAGGAGGGGGUCACUGGAGGACAGCCGCUCCAUGCCUAGGGAACCAGAACUCCAACCCCAGAGGGGGAGAGAGGAGGAAGAAAAGGAGCGCAAGCCGGCCCCACCCAGCAGCAGUGUGGUGAAUAGAGAGACCAGCUCCGAGGAGGAGGUGGAGAGUCUGCCGGCGGCGCAGGAGGAGAAGAGAGAAGAGCCGAUGGAGAGAGGAAAAGAAGUAAAAGAGGAAGAGGCUUCUCUGAAAUGCCAAAGCGCCUCUCUGGAUAUCCCAGCGUCUCCCUCUCCGCCCCCGCAGCCCAAACACAACCGCAGCUCCCAGGACGUGGGCUUCUGGGAGGGCGAGGAGGAGGGGGGCGAUGGGGAGGGGGAGCAGCUCACCGUAGAGGAGAUGAUCAAGAGGAACCGCUACUAUGAGGAAGAGGAGGAGGAGGAAGAUAAUGUCUGA